AUGAAUCCCAGCCAAGGACUACUUGGAAGCAUAUGGCACCAUUCAAUACAAUCUAUAAGAGGCUUACGCUAUAAAGCAAGCGCCAGAAAGUACCCCACAGUUUUUGUCGAUGAUGUGGUAUUGGAUAAACCAAGAUAUGGGUUCCGAAAGGAAAGACAACCAUUAUUAUCACAAUCAGUAACUGAUUCAGUAUUUCCUGCUGAAGAAAUCAGAAAAUUAUACAUUGAGCAAGACAAGCCUGUACCCAUAAAGUUCAGAUCUCGAAGUGAUAAAAUAGCCAGAAGAAACCUUGAGAAGUAUGCUGAUGAAAUCGCAUCUGGCGAAGCACAUUUCAAAUUGGGACAAAAACAAGUAUACUUACCAAAAGCUCGUAUUGCCCUUUUGAGAUCAAAUGCCAAACACACCCCCUACCAGGCCAAAUUCUUGGUUCCUAGAAACUUCAAUAAAUUGGACUUGAGAGACUACUUGUGGCACGUGUAUGGGUUAAGAGCUUUAAACAUAACAGUCCAAUUAUUGCAUGCCAAGUUCGAAAGAUCAAUGACUGACAUGGGAAGGUACAGAGGUCCCCAGUAUAAGAAAAUGACAAUUGAUAUGGAAGAACCCUUUGUUUGGCCCCAACUUCCAGCUGAAGCGAAGCUGUUCUCUGAAACAAUUGAAAAUCAAACUGAUAUCAUUGAAAUUAAGAAUAGCUUAGGUUCCGAUAAGGAUAAGCAAACCAAUGCAUUUGACGGCUUGUAUAAAAAGCCGGUCUUGCCUAACAAGUUUAUAACAAAACUGUUCAAGCAAGAAGCUGAGAAAAAAAUGAACAAAUAUAAUGAAACAGUUACCUUGAAGAGUAACAAAGAUUUGGUUAACCAAUUUUUGGGCUAUUAA